CCCCCGAUCGCCUGGGGCUGCUCCUGUGCUAGCUGCAGCAGGAGGCAGAGCCUUCUACUUGGGACCAGCCAGCAGGCAGACCACCUGCACACCCAGGGACCAGUGGCAGCAGGUACAUUCCCAGCAGGGCCUCUGUCUUCCCCUUCCCCAUUCACGGUGCAAGCACCAUGCCAAGAUGCUCCACUCUGCCCUCCAGCCACAACUGGGACCACUACGGACAGUGGCCAGCAGUCUGGACCCUCCUGAGGAAGAUGCCAAUCAUUCUGUGGCUGCUGCUGUUGGACACCUCCCUACCUGCUGUGAGGGGCCAGACCAGAAUUCCUCUGGAAACAGUGAAGCUAUGGGCCGAUACCUUCGGCAGGAAUUUGUACAACACGGUGACCAGAUACUCAGGCUCUCUCUUGCUGCAGAAGAAGUACAAGGAUGCAGAAUCCAGUCUGAAGAUCAAAGAGGUGGAUGGCUUGGAGCUGGUGAAGAAGUUCUCAGAGGACAUGGAGACCAUGCUUAGGAGGAAAGUCGAGGCUGUCAAGAGCUUGGUGGAGGCUGCUGAGGAGGCUGACCUGAACCAUGAGUUCAAUGCCUCUCUGGUGUUUAACUACUACAACUCGGUACUAAUCAACGAGAAGGACGAGAAGGGCAACUACGUGGAGCUGGGAGCUGAGUUCCUUCUUGAGUCCGAUGCGCACUUCAGCAACCAGAGGGUGAAUGUCUCCCUGAGCAGUGUACAGCUCCCUACCAACGUGUAUAACAAAGACCCAGAUAUUUUAAAUGGAGUCUAUAUGUCCGAGGCCCUGAACCCUGUGUUUGUGGAGAACUUCCAGAGAGACCCUACGCUGACCUGGCAGUAUUUUGGCAGUUCAACUGGGUUCUUCAGGAUCUAUCCAGGAAUAAAGUGGAAGCCUGAUGAAAACGGAGUCAUUGCUUUCGACUGCAGAAACCGUGGCUGGUACAUACAAGCGGCCACCUCUCCCAAAGACAUCGUGAUUCUGGUGGACAUGAGCGGCAGCAUGAAGGGGCUGAGGAUGGCCAUCGCCAAGCACACCAUCACUACCAUCUUGGACACCCUGGGAGAAAAUGACUUCGUGAAUAUCAUUGCGUACAAUGACUAUGUCCACUACAUUGAGCCCUGCUUCAAAGGCAUCCUCGUCCAGGCAGACCGAGACAACCGAGAGCAUUUCAAGCAGUUGGUGGAGGAACUGAUGGUCAAAGGCGUGGGUGUUGUGAGUCAAGCCCUAACCGAGGCUUUCCAGAUCCUGAAUCAGUUCCAAGAGUCCAGACAAGGAAGUCUCUGUAACCAGGCCAUCAUGCUUAUCACCGAUGGAGCGGUGGAAGACUAUGAGCCCGUGUUCGAGAAAUAUAACUGGCCGGACCGCAAGGUCCGAGUUUUCACUUACCUUAUUGGACGAGAAGUGACCUUUGCUGACCGCAUGAAGUGGAUCGCCUGCAACAACAAAGGCUACUACACACAGAUCUCCACACUGGCUGAUGCCCAGGAGAACGUGAUGGAGUAUCUACAUGUGCUCAGCCGCCCCAUGGUCAUCAACCACGACCAUGACAUCAUCUGGACAGAGGCAUAUAUGGACAGCAGGCUCUUCACCUCAGAGGCACAGAGCCUGAUGCUCCUCACCACAGUGGCCAUGCCAGUCUUCAGCAAAAAGAACGAGACGCGAUCCCACGGCAUUCUCCUGGGUGUAGUGGGCUCCGACGUGACCCUAAGAGAGCUCAUGAAGCUGGCACCCCGAUAUAAGCUUGGAGUACAUGGAUAUGCCUUUUUGAACACUAACAACGGCUACAUCCUCUCUCAUCCUGACCUCCGACCUUUGUACAGAGAAGGCAAGAAGCUGAGACCCAAACCCAACUACAACAGUGUGGACCUCUCGGAAGUGGAGUGGGAGGACCAAGCUGAAACCCUGAGAACUGCCAUGAUCAACGGGGAAACAGGUUCUCACUCCAUGGAUGUGAAGGUGCCACUGGACAAAGGGAAACGGGUUCUAUUCCUGACCAAUGACUAUUUCUUCACGGACAUCAGUGACACACCUUUCAGCUUGGGAGUGGUGCUGACUAGAGGCCAUGGAGAAUACAUCCUCCUGGGAAACACAUCCGUGGAGGAAGGCCUGCAUGACUUGCUUCACCCGGAUCUGACCCUGGCCAGCGACUGGAUCUACUGCAUCACGGAUAUCGACCCAGACCACCGGAAACUCAGCCAGCUGGAAGCUGUGGUCCGCUUCCUGACAGGGAUGGAUCCAGGCCUGGAGUGUGAUGAGGAGCUGGUACGGGAGGUGCUGUUUGACGCAGUAGUGACCGCCCCCAUGGAAGCCUACUGGACGGCACUGGCACUCAACAUGUCUGAAGCAUCGGAACCUGGUGUGGAGGUGGCCUUUCUGGGGACCCGGGCUGGUCUCCUAAGACGAAGCUUGUUCGUGGGUUCUGAGAAAAUCUCUGAUAGGAAGUUCCUGACACCUGAAGAUGAAGCCAGUAUUUUUACCAUGGACCACUUCCCGCUGUGGUAUCGUCAGGCCUCUGAGCAGCCCCCAGGCAGUUUUGUCUUCAAUCUCCGCUGGGAAGAGGGUCCAGACAGCCCAGGCAAGCCAGUGGCGGUGAGGGCCAGUACAGCAAUCGCUGUGACAGUGGAUGGGAAGACGGCCAUUGCAGCAGCUGUGGGCAUCCAGAUGCAAGUGGACUACCUCCAGCGCCAGUUCUGGGCAGCCAUGAAGCAGUGCGGCACUGGAGAGGGGCCAUGCCCGGAGAGCUGCGAGGACACUGAUCUGGACUGCUUCGUCAUAGACAACAACGGCUUCGUUCUGAUCUCAGAGAGACCUCAGGAGAUGGGAAGACUUCUGGGGGAAGUGGAUGGUGCUCUCAUGACGCAGCUUCUCAGCAUGGGGGUGUUCAGCCGUGUGACCAUGUAUGACUACCAGGCCAUGUGCAAGCCCCCGGACCAUCACCACAGUGCAGCCCAGGCCCUGAUCAGUCCUCUCUCUGCCUCCCUGAUGGUGGUCCGGUGGCUACUGCAUGAAUUCCUGCUGUUCCUGCUUCAGUGGAGUGCCUGGGGAUCUUGGUAUGACAAAGUGUCAGAGGCCAAAGCUGUCUUUCAUCACUCCCACAAGCACAAGAAGCAGGACCUGCUGCACCCCUGUGACACAGAAUACCCAGUGUUUGUGCACCAGACAGCCAUCCAGGAGGCCAAUGGGAUCAUCGAGUGUGAGGCCUGCCGGAAGACAUUCGUGAUGCAAAAGAUUCCCAGCAGCAACUUGCUCCUCCUAGUGACAGACCGUACCUGUGACUGCAGCACCUACUCUCCCAUCCUCCAGGAGGCCACAGAAGUCAAAUAUAAUGCCUCUGUCAAAUGUAACAGGAUGCGCUCCCAGAAGCCCCGGCGGCGACCAGGAUCCUGCCAUGCCUUCCAUCCAGAGGAGAACGCCCAGGACUGUGGCGGCGCUUCAGACACUGGAGCUUCUCUGCCUCUGCUCCUGCUACCGCUGUGGGUCUGGCUGCUUCCACCACAGCUCCUGUGGUGACCCCAUCCAGUCUGACUUUCACAGAAGGGGACCCUUACAGAGACAUUCUAAAAAGUCGCCAACUGAUGAGGAGGGCCCAGCUCACAGCAGCGAAGUCUCCUGGCUUCCGGUCCUGAGCUACCAAUCUCCCUCUGUUGGAAGGAUCCCCAAAGCUCUCCAGGGUGCCGAAUACCAGCCACCCCGUCUUCUACUCCUGCCUCUGCUUCAGGACUCCCAACAAGAGCUCAGCUGGAGGAAGGGGAGAAGUUACCAACCAAAGGGCUGGGUGUUUCCCUGGCUGGGGUCUACUGCAGAUCUGAGCUCUGGGGGCCAGGAUGAGUGAGCAGUGUGGCCCAUGCAGAGGCUGUGGCAAGAGCACACUCACCACAAACACGGGAGUCCUUGGGAAGGCACUCUUAUCCAUCCCAGAUAGUGCAAGGGAGGACAGGUGGAGGGAGAGACGGAAAGACUCAGAGAGGGACCAGGAACCAGGGAAGAAGUGGAAAGGAAGUAAUAGGCACAGAAUAAGCAUUAAAUUCUGUGACCUAUCAUCAGAAUGCUACCACUGAAGAACUUCAUCCUUUUUAUACUAAUAAUCUGAAGGAGAGCGGGGAGGAGUAUGUAUAUGGGAGCAUCUGGAGGGAGGAAAGGGAAGGGAGAAAUGUUGAAAUUAUAAUCUCAAAAGGGAAAAAAGAAAAAGAAAAGCUACUAGGCUGAGCCCUGCAGCCGCUGCACUGGACAGUAGUGUGGUCCAGAGGAGAUGCUGAGAAGAUGCCAGGCCAAGGUCCUCAUGGACCUCACUAUGGUAGGGUACAGGUGAGGUCUCCAAGACCCAUGGUGGGCUUUCUGUGGCUCACACUCUACAAAAGUAACUACUUGGCUGACUUGGGGAAGCCCUUGAGGUUGGAACAACACACAGAAUCCUUGCCACAAUGCCCUGAAGUAGGUCUACAAUGUACCUGCCCUUUUUUUUUUGUUGUUGUUGGCAUGUCUGAGGUGUGCAAUCGUGCAUGUUUGUGGACCUGUUUGUGCAUGGAUGCAGAGGCCAGAGGACGGUGCUGGCCGUCUUCCUCACCCACUCCCCGCCUUAUUUUUUAAGACAGGGUCUCUCACUAAGCCUGGGGCCCUCCAAUUCAGCCACACUAGCUGGCCAGAAGCCCUAGGGAUCCCAGUGCUGGGAUUACCAGCAUACCCCAUUGUUUGAAGGGUCCUCACACUUCACUAGCUAAGGCUCUCAAGCCCCAUGAAUUACCUGUCUUUUAAAUGAGGAAACUAAGCCUGGCACAGUGGUGAACACCUUUAGCACUCAAGAGACAGAGGCAGGUGAAUCUCUUUGUCUGACGCCA